GCUUCAUAGCUGCGACAUUGACACAUUGAAAGACUAUUUGUAUAUCGAUGACGUGAGAAAGGUGCCCAUUCGCGGUAUUGUCAAAAUCGAACAAAAUCACUGCAAAACAGUACGAAUAUAUUGGAACAAUGAUAAAUAAAAUUAACAAUUUCAAUUUGGAAUUGUCUCAGUUUCUCAGAGAGCUACAUUCCUACAUCAACGAUGUAAGUGUCGUUGACGAUGAAACAACAAGAUUAUUAAUGGAAAUUGUUCUAGCCGUGGAUAAAUUGCAGACAACUUCGAAAUACUACAAACUAUCCGCUUCAAAUGAAAAACAAUCUUUUCAUGAUUUGAAUGAAGAAAUUUUCAAAUGUCACCGUCGAAUUUUAUGCCGUGUGUGUGAGGACAACUUUUCACCGGAAGAUUUUGACACACAUGUUCAGAAAGAAAGUCAUAAAGUGAAAGAAACCAAUUUCAAAUCAUCACAACCAAUUCCAAAUAAAAAUGUUAGCACACCAGAGAGAUCGAUCGAACAUAAGCAUGAUUACAAUUGCACUGUAACCAGUGCCAAAAGAGUUGAAUUGAAACAUACUGGCCCAGUAAGCUCAAUGAGUAGUAAUUUGCAGUCAGCUAUCAAAGUCAAUAAUUGCUCAUCAGUGACCAGUGAUUAUAAAAUAAAUAUCCCAACCGUAUUUUCAAUGGAAAAUCUAAGUAGAGCAAUUGCCGAAGUUGAUUUAGCCAAACCUGAAAGCCUGAAAUUAUCUACUUGCAAGGAUGUUGAGAGUCUAAUCAAAGCGAAAUAUGCUCCGAAUGCCACAGUGAAAAUGGUCAAAAAAGAAACCAAUAAUUUUGCCAAGAUGGAUCACACUAUCUCUACACAUGAUGCGAAAUUGGAUGAAGCCUCUACCUCGUGCAAUGGCAACCAAUUAAAUAUCAACUUGAAUCCGGACAUGAAAAUAUUUGAUUUAAUUGACAAAGAAAUAACCAUGCUUUGCCAACCGUUGUAUAUGGAGUCCCGUAAGCGUCUCGAAGAUGAUAUAUUUUCUACCAUAUCGAAAUAUAUUCAUCAGUUUGAUAAAUCAUUGGAGGUUCUUAUAUUCGGUUCGAGCUAUUAUGAAAUUAAGGGAGCAAUGACGGAUCUCAAUUUAUUGAUUAAUACACAUUAUGAUCGGCCAAAAGAAAUCAGUCAGAGAUUCUUUCUGAGACUCGAGAGAACAAACAUCGCAAAAGAUUUUAAGCAAAUACAUAAGGUUGCGGCGGAUCGUGUUCUGAGACGACAAAUUUCCAUGGUCCAUAUUAAGUCGGGAAUAAAGUGUUUUUUACUGUUUGAAAAUGAUAACAGCAUUGCCGAUUCGUCAAAAAUAAUCGGUCGUUUCGUGAAUGCAGAACCAAUGUGUCGUUUUCUCAUCACAUAUAUUCGAACGUGGCAAAAUAUGCUGAACAAAUCCGGUUUGGCCAAAUUUGAAUUUAAUACAUAUAUAAUAUCCAUCCUGGUCAUCUUCUUUCUUCAAAUGAAUCAUAAAUUACCGAGAGUUGGUGAUAUGCAAUCGACCGAUAACUCGGCCAGCAAAACAUCAAAUAUUGUCAGUUUCAGGGACAUUCCGCAAAAUUUUUUCUCAUUCUAUGGUAACAGCUAUCAAAUGUGGAAUCAUGUGAUCAGCGCACACAUUGGUCGAUGGCAAGAGCGACGUAUACAACCAGAACAAAAGAACUUUUCAGAAGUUCAACAACGAUUGCGCAAAGGAAUCGAGACAGCACCGGCCAAUUGGAUAAACUGUACAAUGUACAUGUUCGAUCCGAUGUGAAUGUUACCGCUGAAAUUAAAAAGACGGCAGCCGAACAUUUUCAACAAAUGUGCCAGACGUUCGCAAAUAAAAUGGUGACAAAAUGAAAUUUCAAAUGUUUGGAAUAAAUGUUUUUCGGAAAUCUAUUGCAUAAUUGUGCAAGUCCUAGUAGACUUAAGCUAUGAAUGUGAUCAUUAGAA